AUGGACCAAGCCGACAUACCGGCGCUGCUGUCGCGGCUCGCUAGCGACGAGGAUGCGGCGCGCAAGAUGGCCGUCUUCAAGCUGCAGUCGUCCAUCAACGAUCCAGCCUUCGCCGACGUAUUCAUUUCCUCAGGGGGGCUGGUAGUUCUGCGCCGCCUCAUUAUGAGCGCUGGUGGCAAUACAUUGGCCUACUCGCUGCAGAGUCUGAGCCGCCUGCUCGAGGUCGACAUGGGCUGGGAUAUAUUCGAGGGCCCCGCCGCCGGCGACCUGGUUGAGCGCGUCGUUGAGCUCAUAGUCACCAACCCACUCGUCAAUAUCCUGCGUGGCGCCAUGUCCAUCCUCGUCGCCCUCGUCAGCCACUCCCAGUCCAACGCGCGCGGUGCCGCCCGCAGUCCCGGCACCUUUGGCUUCAGGGCACUCAAGCCUGCCGUCGCCGUCUACCCACAGUUCUUCGAGCUUGUCAUCCAACAGCUGCAGUCAGCCGAUCACGCCCUGUGUGCCAACGCCCUAAUGCUCAUCAACGCCCUGAUACGGGACGCUGUCUCCAACGAUGGCGUCGCUACUGUCGCGGUCGCCAAGUCCACCGGCGUUGGAGAGGAGUGGUCAAAAUUCAUAAAGCGCCUGCAGGACUUGGGGCUUAUCAAGGCCGUUUACAACCUCCUACAGAGCUCGGCCCUGCAGGACCUCGCAUACCCGCUCCUCGAGUUUCAGUCGCUGACGAAGGUGCUCCUAAGGAAGUGGCGAGAGGUGCGAGUCGAUCUCGAGCGCCCCGAGCACAGGCGAGCGCUCAAGGGUCUACACCUCGCGAGCGCCCCAGACAGGCGCCACGCAAACGGCGGUCUGGCAGGCGUAUUUGAUGAUGCCGAAGGCGCCAACAAAAAGGGAAGCCGCAGGCACAACCCGGAAAAGUGGCGGAGGCUAGGCUUUGAAACAGAAUCCCCCGCGGUCGAGUUCGAGACGGCCGGCUUCCUAGGAAUGAUGGAUCUGACCGACUACGUACGCAAAAACGAGGACGGCUUUCAGAAGUUGCUCUUGGAGCAGUCGGCUAAGCCGCUCAGCGGACGAUGUCCCGUGGCUCGCGCGAGCCUGGCAGUGACCAUGAUUCUCUACGAUCACUUCGAAGUGGACAAGUCGGACCUGGAGGAUAUUAGGGGCUACCAGGCCAUGGACGGCCUCGGCGACAGCGGUAAGACCAAUGACAAACUGUUCCGACCCCUGCUCCUGCAGUGGUCCCGGUUGCACACGGUCGGACUGCAUGCCUUCUUCCGUAUGUGGAAGGCGACGGGGGCGGAGCGGGACGACUUCGACAAGGUGGCUGAGCUGGUGCGCAUUUUGGUCGAGCAAGUAGUAGGGCAGGCGAGCCGGACCAAGGACGUGCUCGAGGUUGAGGAUGACUUGCAAGAGUACGAUGCUGGGCGGCUGCGGGAACUACAGAUGGAGCUCCUAGAGUUGUCGUUUGAGGACCAGUGGGGCACGCACCUCUACCAAGUGCGCGAGGAGCUUAAACACGAGGCGCUGCAGUUCGUCAAAGAGCAGCGAAUCCGCUGCUUGCUGCAGGGGUCUUGGUUCACCAAACCUCUCUCCAGCAAUCACGCGCGCCAGAACAGCUAUCAGAAGCGGCGCCUUUACCAUCCUUGGCGCUACGCUAAGCUCUCCCACAACCGCCGGUACCUACACUACGCCGACUUCGCCGAGCAGACGGCACAGGAUCCAGGGCUUGACGCGCUCACCGAGAAAGUCGAUCUCAGCACUAUCAGCUCCGUCGUGUCCAAUGUGUCGGCGCCCAGCGAGGAAGACGAGGCCGCCGACGAGACUAAGAGCCAGACGUCGACCGCAUCUCCAGCUUAUGGCAGGGCACUGUCGGCCAAGCCCACAACCAAGAUCACCAUAUAUACCUUCGCCGAGGAUCUGGGCGCCGGCGGCGGAGGCGGCAACGGCGAAGCAGCAGGAGCCGUAACAAAACAAGACGGGGCCACUGGUUCUGGCGCCGGAAGCGGAGGAGAUGCAAAGGAGCAGCCCAUUCUCACACUGUUCCCACUCAACCACAGCCUCGCGUCCGAGUGGCUCGACGGCCUCCUCAUGCUCCUCAACCAGGCCCCCAUCACCGCCGAGACCAACAAGCUCGUCACCCUCGUCAGCGAGUACGGCCUCAAGAUCCGCCUACUCAAUGUCAGGCUCGAGGCCGUCUACGCCGGGCCCGCGCCAGGGGCGGGGGUGGUGCCUAGUCGUGAGGGGCUAGACGAGGAUUACUUUUACGAGAUUUAG